AGAGAGAGAGAGAGAGAGAGAGCAGCAAUGGGUUCCUCGUCUCCUUCUCCUUCUCUUCUGCUUCUUUUCUCUUUGGUAUUUGCCUCCUCUCUGUUCCUCUCACGUGCCACUCACGAGACCACUCUCAAAGGCAUUGACGCCGAGAAUCCAGCUGUAGAUGUCACUCUUAGCCAUGAUGGUUCUAAAGAUGCUUUCUCUUGUGAACGAGUUAAAGUUUCUGGUCACUUGAGAUGGAAACUCAGUAGGUAUGCUAGCUCAUUUCGAGUUACUCUGGCUCCGUCUGCACCAAUCCCAGAGAGAUUGCAUAGCAAUAUUCAGGUUUGCUUUCACCGGAAUGCUUCCCUUGGAUUAUGCCAGUGCAAAGAGGAUGAUUGGAGAAUUGUUCAGAAUGGGCUGUGGACAUCUGUCAUGUCUCCUUAUGAGGAGAGAUAUGUUGAUGUAAAGUUCAUUGGUCAUACUUCUGGAUCCGUCUCAAUUGCUGUUGAUGAAGAUUUACAGCAAUGGCGACUCAUGUGUCUAGCAGUUGGAUUUGUUUUACUAUUGCUGGCACCGAUAGUCAGCAGCUGGGUUCCCUUUUAUUAUAGCACUUCAAUGGCUAUUGGGGUUUUUCUUGUCAUUAUAAUCCUCCUUUUUCAGGGAAUGAAAUUGCUGCCAACUGGAAGGAAGAAUUUUUUUUAUCUUUCCAUAUAUGGAUCAGUGCUUGGAGCUGGCACUUUUAUUUUACAUCAAAUUUCAACACUGGUAAAUUCGAUUCUAGUAAACUUCGGGCUGACUGAAGACAUGCACAAUCCUGUUUACAUAUUUAUACUAGUAGGGAUUGUUCUCACAGGAGCUGGUUUAGGGUUCUGGAUGGUGAGGAAAUUUGUAAUCUCAAAGGAUGGAAAUGUGGAUGAUGGUGUAGCACAGUUUGUUAAAUGGGCAAUGCGCAUUAUUGCAUCCACCUUCAUUUUACAGAGCACUCUUGAUACUCCUUUAGCAUUGGGCGCCUUGCUUUCUUCUUGUGCAAUCUGCUCUGUUACUUUGAAGUGGUGGUAUCAAAGGGAUCAAUCAGAUUCUGGGGGUGGGAGUGCUUGGCUCCAGCCUGCAGGACAGACAACAGCAAGAUUUCGACGCGCUGAAUUCCUUAGUAGGUCAGGAAAAAUGAGUCCCCAGGGGAAGAUGUGGAACAGUCCAGAAAGCUCAUCUGCUUGGACCCGCUCUCCUGUUAAAGGUGUGGUAUCACCAUCUUCUCACUUGGCAACAGUAGAUAAGCAGGAUUACUAUUCAACCUUCCACAAAAAUCUAAAACGAAAGUUCACAAAGAAACAGUGGGAGGAUUUCACCAGGGAAUCGACACAUGAAGCCGUAAUGGAAUGGGCAGCAUCACCUGAAGUCACCAAUUGGAUCAUUAACAAUGCUGACCGUAUUCAACUCCUUCCAAGCAAUUAUGGUUCUGAAGAAAUGGUGGGAAGUGAAUCAGACUCCACAGAUGCGUCUGUUGCCGGGAGUGGCAAACCAUUUAGCCUUUUGAAUUGGUAGAGACUGGACUAGAAAAGUUAUAGUAGCAGUCAGGGAUCUGCUCCUUAGAUUUUGUAGAGGGGUGGCAAUAGUUUAGGAAUCUAGUUCGCUGCACCAUCAAGCAAUACCAAAAAGCCGAAUGACAUGUUUUUUUCUAGGAUUAGCUAACCAUUUGAUUAGCUGUAUGUUUUCAGAAUUUAAUCAAUGUAAUAACCAAAAGAUAUGCAAGCUAGUUCUGUAAGUAUAAAACUACAGUUCGGUACAGAAUGGAAUGCUAUCGUUAGUUCUUGAUUAUUUAUUCUCGAAGUGUCAUCUUGGCGAAGACAAAAUGUUAAAGUAAACAAAUACCUUGAAACAGAGAUUUGUUGGUU